AUGGCGACAGCAACUUGUAACGCCCCAGACUCAGGAGGAUCCAGUUUUGCAAAGACUUACCUGAAAUCCGGAGCCGGUGUACUGUACGCUCUGCUGAACACAGCAGCCGUCGCCUUUGCGGCACAGUUCAUGGCCUGGAGUAGCCAGGCAGGCAUACCUGGGCUACAGCUGAUCUUCCUCAUCAAACUUGUACAGCUACUUGUUGUCCUCGUCGCCCUGCCCUUCUUUAGACCAAAGCUGACGACUGAAAACGGACGUCAAACUCUACUCUUGGUACUGUCGACAAUUAUUGAAAACCUUGGAUCCGCCUUCUUGUACCUGUCAUUUGCCUUUGUUGUCUCUGGGAUCGCCUUUGGCAUCAUACGAGGAUCGGUGCCCUUCGUCUCGGCCUGUAUUGGAUUCUUGUUCCUGAAGGAAACUGUGGGCGCCGUGGAUUGUUUCGGAAUCGUCUUCACUGUAGCCGGGGUGAUAGUUGUCGCAGUCGGAAUGAUCACGGAGAACACUUCGUCCACGCGGCGUCUGACUACGUCCAUUCUUCUUCCGCUCGCGACGACCUUUAGUAAAAGUUCAGGCAUCGUCAUCGCACGUUCGCUCAUCGGUGUACAGAAGUUCUCCGUUCUAACCGUGCUCUUCUACGCCAACCUGGCAGGAGCGGUCGUGCUACUUGUGGUAACGUACACGACAGAGACCCCGCCAGUUUGGUCGAUGUCCACACAGACUGUGGGUUAUGUUAUCGGAUUGUGCCUGUGUGCCUGCUGCGGACAACUUGCAACAAGACUCGCACUGAAGACGGAAAAAGCGGGAAUUACUGCGACCAUCAAGACUUUUACCAUACCCCUUGCGAUGUUCUUGGACUACAUCUUUCUCUCGGAGUUUCCAAGUCCGGUCAAGUUUGGCGGUGUUGUACUUAUAGUGUUCGGUACCGGUGUAGUGGCGGUGUAUACAUGGUGGAGGCAUCGCAAAGAGACUCUUCACAAAAAUCUCAUGGAGAGAUUAAACUUUGGUAACUAA